CGCUCGAGAUUUUAACCCAGAGCGAGAGCACGGGAGCAGGAGGGGGAUUUCCAGCUCGAGCCCCCACUUCCCCGAGCCAGUCGCUGUUUUGCUUUCGGUCUGGACACAGAAACAGAAAUAAACGACGGCCACACUUUCCCUUUCCCCCCCUCCUCCUCCUCCUCCGUCUUAAAAACCACUAAUAACAUUAACUUGUCCAACUUCAUCCGCCGCGCUUGUUGUCUCCGACAGCGGGACUGGGAAGCUACAGGCCGUCCAAAAACUGACCAGGACACAAUGCCAGUAGAGAGAAUGAGGAUGCGACCGUGGCUGGAGGAACAGAUCAACUCCUGUCAGAUACCAGGGCUUAAAUGGGUUAACAAAGAAAAGAGGAUCUUCCAGAUACCAUGGAUGCAUGCUGCCCGUCACGGCUGGGACCUGGAGAAAGAUGCUCCGCUCUUCAUGAGAUGGGCCAUCCAUACUGGUAAAUACCAGCCCGGCACAGACCGUCCAGAUCCCAAGACGUGGAAGGCUAAUUUCCGCUGUGCCAUGAACAGCCUGCCGGACAUCGAGGAGGUGAAGGAUAAAAGUAUCAAAAAGGGAACGAACGCCUUCAGAGUUUAUAAGAUGCUGUCCUCGUCAGAGAGGAGCAUGAAGAAAGGAAAGAAGAAAACAGAUAAGGAGGGGAGGCCCAAGGGAAAUAAAGAGAUAGCUUCUCCAGACCGGACUCUUCCUGACGCUUACAGUGGACCUAUUGACUACACCAAACAGGAAGCGAUCAAGCAGGAAACAGUAGAGCUUACAGUGAUGGACAGCGCCUCAGCCAUUCACAGUUCCGUAGAAGACCAUGUGAUCACCAGCGAGCAGCUGCCAUUCGUCUGUCAGACGAUUGAAGUGACCACUGAGAACGAAGAGCAGACCGUUAGCUCCUCCCACUCGUACCCGCUCCAGAUAUCUCCUGUGUCUUCAUGUUGCGCCAGCGAAACAGACAGUGACACAGAAGACACAAAAGAGGGUGUCAGCGCAGUCCUGAGGCGGGACUACAGCUCAUCAGUUCUCAGGGUUCCCACAUUCCCUCUUCCCGGCAUGGCCACCUUCGUCACUGCGAGCAAGCCAAACUUCAGGGUCACCAGUACACGGGACCCGGCCCCCCUCAUCAGCUACCACACUGAUGGCUGGACGCCGGCCUACAGCCAGAACUCUCUCGAGUCUGCGGCAGCCAGCCACACCCAUGAGAUGCGCGCGAGUGUCAUUAUGAAAACCUCUGAUGUCACUUCUUCCUGACCUCUGACCCCAGAUGAAGGAGUAUCAUCAUCAUCAUCACCACCAUCACCACCACCGCUUUCAGGGCAUAGGAAUGACAAAGAUUGCUCCAUCUCUCUCCAUCAGGGCGACAUGGAGAGAACCUUUGAUUUUAUUGUAGCUUCUGUCCCGGCCAUGACUCUCACUUUUCCUUUUAAUCGGGGAGCUUGUCGACCGGUGUUAAGUAAAUUAGCCAUGGUUUGACUUGCUCACUAUUUGGUGAGCACUUAAGCCCAUUUGCAGACCAUCUGUGGCCCAUGUCCAUGAAUUAUAUCUGGCCUUUUAGACACUGUAAUCAUCCACGUGUCACUGGUAGAUCAUUUUCUCUGCUGCUUUGUGCUGACACUUUAGCAUACACUAUGCCAAAUAAAAGACCACUUUUAUCUAAUGAAAGUAAAAUUAGCUUUAAUUGUAAAAAUGUCUUAAUGUUUUUUAUUGCACAACUUGUAGAUGAAUGUAUUUUUUUAAUCCAUCAUCUCUGAGCCAGUAUUGCCUAGCUGUAGGUUUUAAACUACAUCCUCAUAAAUCCACUGUUUUUAUUUUGCUGCACUUAAAACCUUCACUUUUUAUGUCAAACAGUCCUUAAUAGUUCAUCACAGGAAUUAGUUUUUGUAUUUUAUCUACAUUUUUCCCAUCUCCUUCAUAAAGUUGCCAGAUUUAGCCACAUGUCAUUUAAGAUUCACCAUUAAGUAUUGGAACCUGCUUUUUCAAAAUAGUGUGAGCUCAAGUGUUGGCAUGAAACGUGGCACUAAAUGCUGGGACACAUGGCUGCAACAAAGAUUAUGUAUUUCCGGAAUCAACCUGCGUUCAUAAACAAUGAACACAACUUUUUAUAGGAGAUUACAUCUGUUGGCAAACCGGCUUUACUCGCAGCAAGCUGCAAAAACAAUCAAAGGUGAGUUGUUUAUCAAGAUAAAGAACAAAGCCCUGACAUAGCCCACAUUUGCCCUGCAAUGGAAAGCGGGUGCGAACGUAUCUGUCUGUCUGUCUGGAGACCUCAGGACAAUGUACCCGCCAACACACAGACAGAUGAACAGACAGAAAAGAACGACAGACUCACUGACAGACAGACUGACAGACUGUGAACUAUAUAUUCGUGUCUUCUCCCUUCCUCUGCCUCCUGGUGUUAAUAAUGUACAUAGCUCAUAUGUAUGUAUGCCUGCAAGCCGCUUCAGCACCUUACGGACAGCACUGGUGAGUGAGUGAGUGCGUGAGUGAGUGCGUGCGUGAGUGAGUGCUUGAGUGAGUGAAAAAAAGCCUUAUUGAAGAUGUGUGCCUUUUGAUUCAAAUGGCUGGAUUCAAACUAUCUGUGCUUUAGUCUGCUAGUGAGGCGUGCAGGUAGCUUUCAGGAAGUAUAUCCGGCCCCGAUGUGGAUUGGGACAGCAGCGCUUUAGUGGACGUAGACGUUAGUAGACGUUGGCCAUAUUUUUAUGCACAGAGAGUCUUGACCUGGUUAACUUGAGUCACCGUAAGAGAAGUGAGGGCAAUCUGCAGUUAAUUCUGUGCAUUUAAAGUGCAUAUUCUUGGCAGUGAUAACAUGGAGCGGGGAAGUCUGGGCUUGAGAGACAUCCCAGAGGACUGUGUCAUCAGCAGAGGCUGAGCUCUCUUGUUUUUUAACUGUCUAGUCUCUUAGCUCUAAACGCCCCAUUCCCCAGUCGACCUCGGUGCACAGAUGUGGCAGUCUUGUGUUCUUCCUCUCCGUUCUUCCUAGUCUGGAGCGCAGCAGCCAUUAGCCUUAAUCCUGAUGUCUUAAAAAUAAAAUUAUUUUGACAUCUUAAAGUAAUAUAUACACAGAAUGAUGAGCUAUGGCAGCAAAAGGAAGAUAUUCCUUUUUUGUGUCAGUUUUGGAGAAAGAUCAGUGGUUUUAUUAUUAUCUGGCAUAAUGUAAUUUACCUAAAAAAAAAUAAAUAAAUAAAUAAAAAAAGUACCAGAAUAUGAAAUGUUCAUAUUAGGACCCCUUAGAGUUGCAGCUCCUCAGUUAGGAAAAGGUAUAUCAGAAAGCUACUUGUGUUGGCAGCAGGCAGGCUAAAGCACAGGCUGCCUUUAGCAAACUCCAGUGGGAACUGAACGUUCCUGUAGGAAAACAAUAGGAAGAAUAGGAAUCUGCCAUGAUUUUGAACCAAAGCACUAGAGAGAUUUACACUGGAUGCACAUUACUAUCAUGGCAAAUUUUAUUUAAGAUUCUCAACGAAUCAGGGGGGUUAGGGCGAGAAUAGGCAUCGCUUUACCAAAUGUUUCUUUCAUGUGCCUUUAUUAGAAUCUCUCAUCACAUGCUUCUAUUUCUGCGUGGUUUCACUUCGUAAUAGUUCUCAAGGGGCUGCAAUACAAAGGAUAUAUUUAAAGCAUUGUAUGCUGAUUAUUUUGUCAGCAGCCGUCACAAACGCCUGCUCUUUUUUUUUUUGUUAACCAUGUAUUUGUUCUUGAGCCCUUUUUUUUUUUUUUUUUUUUUAUCUUCAGCCAUGUCAUCACAUCCUCUACAUAUUGGAAAAUAACAGUUGGGAUUUACACAACCCUGUAGUUGUAAAGAUCAAAUCAGAUGCUGUUAAUUCUUUGUGAGACUUAAAUGUGCCUAAUUACUAUAAGUGUCGCUUUGCAUAUUAACAGCAUGACCCAUAUUAGGCCCUUUACACUAGGCCAAAUGUCUUAACUUAAAUUAAAGUUUAUGGUUUCAAUAUGGAAGUGGGGUUGAUCUGUAAGUUCUAACUGAUCGUAUAUUCAGCCGUUCUAUAAUUCACAUUGCCUCAAAAGCCUGUCUGUGUUAUUAUAAAGAUGUCUACCAAGGAAUUACUAAAGUGCACUUAUAAGUAGAGUCCGCUUCUGCUUUGUCGUGUGUGUUGGUGUGUGUGUGUGUGUUGGUGUGUGUGUGUGUGUGUGUGUGUGUGUAUAAAAGGGACAUCAUUGCAGCCAGAAGUCAGAAGGAGUGAAAGUUGUGGUGGAGAUGUGAUAAUGCUAUCAGAACGUGCUCGAUCAUGUUGUUUGUUUAGCCUUCCAACCUGUUUUUCUUCAUGUGAUCAGAGCCACUGAUUCACUGUUCAAUUCAAACCGAGGUGUGUCUCUGUCUGGUACCAUAAAGGACAAUAUUACCAUUCAGUUCAAAGAAGGAAAAAGGAGGUAAUUGCUUAUUCACAAUGCAGCAAAGAUGUGUUCACUGCUACAUGUCACAACUGUUUAUUCUCUGUACAUUAUGAACACAUGUGAAUCAACAUGUAAAUCUGAAUAAAGACUUGUUUUUGUAUUUA